GCGCGCGCCUUGUGCGCGGGCUCCGCACUGAGCCGCUAGGGCUACGUGGAGCUUUGCUGCAGACUAACCAGGCUGUGCAGGCAGCGCCAAAGACAGCUAUGGCGGGGUCUUGAGAGGCCGACGGGGGCACCGCCUUCUCCUGCUCAACGAGUCGCGAUCCCACCCGUAGGACAGACGGUUGGUGGCGCGUGCGGCGGAGGCUGCUAACAUGGGAACACCACAAAAGGAUGUUGUUAUAAAACCUGAUGCACCAAGCACAUUGUUUUUGGAGAAACAUGCAGAUUACAUAGCUUCUUAUGGUGCAAAGAAAGACGAUUAUGAGUACUGUAUGUCGGAAUAUUUGAGGAUGAGUGGUGUCUACUGGGGACUGACCGUAAUGGAUCUCAUGGGACAGCUGCAACGAAUGACCAAAGAAGAAAUUCUAGCAUUCAUCAAAUCAUGUCAACAUGAGUGCGGUGGAAUAAGUGCCAGUAUAGGUCACGAUCCUCACCUUUUAUAUACCCUUAGUGCUGUCCAGAUUCUUACCUUAUAUGAUAGUCUCCAUGUUGUUGAUGUAAAUAAAAUUGUUGACUACGUAAAGAGCCUGCAAAAAGAAGAUGGAUCAUUUGCUGGAGACAAAUGGGGAGAAAUAGAUACAAGAUUCUCUUUCUGUGCUGCAGCAACACUAGCUCUUUUGGGGAAGCUAGAUGUCAUUGAUGUGGAAAAAGCAGUCGAAUUUGUUUUGUCCUGUAUGAACUUUGAUGGAGGAUUUGGUUGUAGACCAGGUUCUGAAUCGCAUGCAGGGCAGAUCUAUUGUUGCACAGGAUUUCUGGCUAUAACAGGCCAGUUGCACCAAAUAAAUGCUGACUUGCUGGGCUGGUGGCUUUGUGAACGUCAGUUACCCUCUGGGGGUCUCAAUGGAAGGCCAGAGAAGUUACCAGAUGUAUGUUAUUCAUGGUGGGUGUUAGCAUCCCUGAAGAUAAUUGGUAGACUACAUUGGAUUGACAGAGAGAAAUUGCGCUGCUUUAUCUUGGCUUGCCAGGAUGAGGAGACUGGAGGAUUUGCAGACAGACCAGGAGAUAUGGUGGAUCCUUUUCACACCUUAUUUGGAAUUGCUGGUCUAUCAUUGUUAGGAGACGAACAAAUUAAGCCUGUCAGUCCUGUUUUUUGUAUGCCUGAAGACAUCCUUCAAAGAAUAAAUGUACAGCCUGAACUUGUGAGCUAGACUUUACAGAAGCAAAAGGAUGCUAUGGUCAGCUGCUUUGAUUUUGUUGGUUGAAACUCAUCUGAAACAUACUUGCAUAUAUUUUUCAUUUUAAUGUGUUUACAUCAGUACAGUAAAAUUAUCACUGUACAGUAAACCUUGUCACUUUGUCUGUGGAUUGUGUCAAAAUGGAUUGUUUAAAUAAAUUAUGUGGAUGUUACAUGUAUUGCAGGUUCUGUAACAGAUGAAAAACAUUUUUAUCUGCAUCUAAAUAUGUGGGCCUGUGGGCUCUGUUUGUACACUAACUCAAAAC